AUGAGUAUUACAGUAGACGAACGAAUUGAAGUUUUACAAAUAGAAGAUCUAAAAGUCAAUACAUUAGCGAGUUACUUUAUCGACUUAGAUGGUGUACAGGAAUUAUGCGAAGACUUAGCCGAGUUAUAUAAGAAAGAACAAACAGCAACACUGGGAGAUGAAAAAUAUUUAAGAAUACUAGAAAAAGAAGCAUACCUAAUAGAAGAUAUAGCUUUGACUGCUAUAAACUUUUUAAAUACACACAAAAAGGUCCUAGAAGUGAUGAAAAGAUGCUCCUCCAAACGCUCUAAACAAACAAAGCCCGAAAAAAAUAAUUGA